AUAAAGCUAAAAUCAAUGAAAUUCGCCAUAUUUUUGUUAAUAAUUGCAAUUCUAGUGAGAGGAUGCCAGGGAUAUAACCCUCAGAAAGACUCUUACUAUGGGAUUGUGAUGGACAAGCUCCAAGGAGCUGCAUGAACAACAUGUAAGAUGACAAUGAGCGCUACCACUAACCUUUCAAUGAAUUCCUUGAGUAUAAAAUUGCUCAAGGAUUCUUUAUAUUUGAUGUGAUCUAUGACCAACCUAAACUCAGUUGAGUGAUCAGGGAUCCUUGAAGCUUACAUUGAAAUGUUUUUUGAAUAUAUUCAAAGAAAGGUAGCCACGAGCGACUAUCUUUGAGAGGUUGCUUUUGAAGUCUGCAAUCCUAACACAUAUUCUGUCCUGAAAAUAGAGGAUUAUGCUGAUAGGGUUUUAGGUGAAUCUUAUUUCACCAAUGAUUAUAUUGAUAUGCUUUAUGAUGAGAUUGAGGAAGCCCAUAGCCUAGGGAAAGAAAGAGAGACCAUGCUAAUCUACCAAUUCACAGACAUUCAUCUAACUCUAGACUAUGCUGAAGGAUACAGUAAUGUCUGCGAUGAGAUAUCUUGAUGUAAAGUAUCAUCUGGAGUACCAUCAGAUCCUCAUCACAGAGCUGGAAAAUGGGGUGAUUACAACUGUGAUGCAAACCCAAGAAUUCUUGAUCAGAUUAAAUACUCCGUCGCCGAAAUUGGAGAGCCUGACAUGAUUCUUUGGACUGGUGAUUCCAAUGAUCAUACCCUGUCAGACCACGAAAGAGAUACUACAGAAGCUUCGAAAUAUGUUACAAAAUUUUUAUUAAAAACAUUUCCUGAUACAGUGCUUUUUCCUAUUCAUGGGAAUCAUGAGUUUAACCCAAGUAACCUUCAGAAUAUGAGUUUAUCCGGAUCAGAUCCUAUCAUUGAGACUCUAGCAGACUCAUGGGAGUCUUGGAUGAUUCCAAAGGUUCAAGAAGAAUUUAAGAACCAGUCCUUCUACAGCUACAGAGCUGAUGAACAUCCCAUGGCUGAUGAAGAGUUUAAAAGGAAAAUGAAUAAAACAAGAAUUAUUGCAUGGAAUGCUGAGAACUGUUACCUAUUCAACUUUUAUCUUCUUGAUGAAGAUGACGACCCUGGUCAUGAAAUUGAGUGGCUUGAAAAGACUCUUCAUCAAAUGGAGCAAAACGGAGAAGUUGCUAUAAUUAUUGGGCAUAUCUCACCAGGAAGACCAGACUGCUUAAACCCGGUUUCUUCCAGAAUUAGAGUGAUUCAUGAGCGUUAUCAACACAUAAUUAGACUCAAUAUCUAUGGUCACACCCAUCAUGAGGAAUUAGAAGUAGUCAGAAGUUAUAAAGACAGCAUCCCGAUCGGUGUAAACUUUGUAAGCCCAUCGUUUUCUACAUUUAAAGGGAACAACCCUGCCUUCAGAGUAUUUGAAAUCGAUGUUAAGACUAAGCUUCCUGUAAAAAUAGACACGUAUGCAUUUGACCUGGAAAAAGCCAACAAGAAUGAUAAGUACGCUAAGUUUGAGAAGAUUCAUGAAAUGACAGAGGAAUACGGGCUCAGAGAUCUUAGGCCAAGCGAGUUUUUAAAACUAGCUACAAAGCUAGGAACCUCAGAAGAACUAGCUAUUAAAUACCUUAAAAACUUCAGUGCUCAGGGAAGAGAUGCUGAUGAGAUUACUUCAUGAAAUGAAUCUUGAAGACGAAUUCUUUCUUGUGAUACAAGCUAUUCUACAUUUUUAGAGUCAGUAGAUUGCUAUGGUCCUUACGAUGUUGACCUUAAGAGUACCGUAUCCUAUCUCUCUGAAGUCAUUUAUGGAGAAUGGGUGUCUAAGUCUAAUAAUUAAUCUAACUCAAUAAUCACCUCA